AUGCCGCCGCAGAUCAAACAAGAUUUGAACCGCAGCGGAUGGGAGACGACCGAUUUCCCGUCUGUAUGCGAGAAAUGUCUGCCAGACAACCCCUACGUGCAGAUGCUAAAGGAAGAUCAUGGCGCUGAAUGCAAGAUUUGCACCCGACCCUUCACCAUCUUCCGCUGGAAAGCAGACCGCACGGCUCGACAGAAGCGCACAAACAUUUGCCUGACUUGCGCCCGCCUCAAAAACUGCUGUCAGUGCUGCAUGCUGGAUCUCUCUUUCGGUCUACCUAUUGUUGUGCGCGAUGCAGCGCUGAAGAUGGUCGCGCCAGGCCCACAGAGUGACAUCAAUCGACAAUACUAUGCGCAAGAGCACGAGAAGGAGAUUGAAGAGGGCCGAGGCGCCAUGGAAGCCUAUGAGAAGACAGAUGAGAAGGCGCGCGAGCUGCUCAAGCGACUAGCGCAGAGUGAACCUUACUACAAGAAACAACGACGCAUGGAGGCCGAGCCGCAAGAAAGUGGGCAAAAGGCCUUACCCGCGCCGGGCGGUAGCAGCAGCGAAGGAGGACACACACCCGGCCCAAUACGGACGAGAGAUUUGCGGGGUGGUCCAAGUGGACGAGGAGGCAUGAGACCCGGGCGUGGAGGACGUAUGGGCGGUCCCGGGUCAGAGCCGAAACCCGAAGAUUGGCUUCCACCGCGUGACACUAACAUCGCAUCACUCUUUGUGACGGGCGUUGAAGACGAUCUGCCAGAGCACGAGUUGCGCGUGCACUUCUCGCAGUAUGGCCAACUUCGAUCACUCGUGUGCUCACAUCGCGCUCAUUGUGCCUAUGUCAACUAUGUCAAGAGGAAGGACGCGGAGACGGCGGCGGAAGCAUUGAAGGGCAAGGUUGUGAUCAAAGGCUGCCCAAUGAAAGUCACAUGGGGCAAACCGAAGCAGCUGGACAGCUUGGACCAGAAUGUUCGCAUGCAGUAUGCAAAGGAGGGCAGGCAGGUGGCAGGAUCUUCGCGGCGGGCUGCAGCAGCACAGGCAACUGUCGAGGCAGCGCCCCAGAACAGUUUGGACGACAUGGUCAUCGCUCCGCCACCAGGUGCAGAUGAGGAGGUCCAAUAUGCCAGCCUGGCGGGAAACUAG